AUGGUCAUGAACAAGUUUAAGCCCAAAAUAGGCGCCGUUGCGAAAAAGAGUGCCGACCUUGAGAUCGCUCAGGCUGAGGCUCCUCAUCUGGCACGAGUCGACUGGAAGUCCGAUGCUGGUUUGAGGAAGCUUUACUUUUGGGCCUUCAUUAUUUGUCUCGCUUCUGCGACCACGGGUUACGACGGAUCUAUGCUUAAUAACCUGCGUAUUUUGGAUCACUGGACCGUUUAUUUCCACGAUCCCAAGGGGUCGACUCUUGGUCUGCUAACAGCUCUGUACUCGAUCGGUUCCAUCGCCUCGCUCCCAGUCGCUCCCUUCCUUGCGGACCACUUCGGUCGUAAGUCGGCCAUCGCUAUCGGAUGUGCUAUUAUGGUCGUUGGUGCUGCGGUUCAGGGCGCCGCAAAGAACCUUGACUACUUCAUGGGCGGACGUUUCCUGAUGGGUUUCGGCAACUCCCUUGCCCAGCUCUCGUCUCCACUGCUGCUCACCGAGCUCUGCCACCCUCAGCAUCGUGCUCGUGUUACUGCCGUCUACAACUGUCUCUGGGACGUUGGUGCUAUCAUCUGCACAUGGCUGACUUUCGGCACCAAGCGUAUCGACAGCGACUGGUGCUGGCGUGUUCCUGCCCUUACCCAGGCUUUCCCCUCUGUCGUUCAGCUGGCUUUCAUCUGGUUCAUUCCUGAGUCGCCCCGUUGGCUCAUCUCAAAGGAGAGGAACGAAGAAGCCCUUGCAAUUCUCGGCAAGUACCACGCCAAUGGUGAUAUUAACCACCCCACUGUCCAGUUCGAAUACGCCGAAAUCAAGGAGACCCUUCGCAUCGAGUUUCAGUACAAGAAAACUUCUUCCUACUUCGACUUCUUCAAGACCCGCGGCAACAGAUACAGGCUCUUGCUUCUCGCGUCUCUCGGUCUCUUCUCUCAGUGGUCCGGCAAUGGUCUUGUCUCCUACUACGCGACUGACGUCUACAAAAGUAUCGGUAUUACCGACGGUGAUACCCAGCUUGGUCUCAACCGUGGUCUCACUAUCCUCUCGCUCAUCGUCUCCGUCUCCUGCGCUCUGCUCUGUGACAGGAUCGGUCGUCGACCGCUCUUCAUCACUGCUACUGCCUCCAUGUGCGUUACAUUCGUCAUCUGGACGAUUUGCUCUUCGCAGCAGGAAGCCACAAAGAGCAAGGCUGCCGGUCAGGCCGUCAUUGCUAUGAUCUGGAUUUUCUCCGUCGCCUACGCUCUUGCCUGGUCUGGUCUGCUCGUCGCCUACACAGUCGAGAUUCUACCUUUCAAGAUCCGUGCUAAGGGUCUCAUGAUCAUGAAUCUGUUCAUUCAGGUUGCAUUGACCAUUAACCAAUACGUCAACCCCUUGGGUUUCGACCACCUCCACCCAACCUGGAAGUUCUACACAAUCUACGCCGUCUGGAUCUUCCUCGAACUACUCUUCGUCGUCUUCUUCUACGUCGAGACCAAGGGUCCGACUCUCGAGGAGAUUGCCAAGAUUUUCGAUGGCGAUGAGGCUGAGGUUGCCAUCAUCGAUGCCGACAAAGCUGGAGAGGAUUCUUAUGCUGGUGGCUACGAGAAGAAGGGUGAUGUUCACGUCGAGUCUGUCCGCUACUAG